GGCUUUUUGGCGGUGACCGUUUGGGAUGGUUGCAACCAUGCACACUGACGUGUGUGAAACAUUUUGCAUGUGCACGUACCGAGAAGGAACUACACUUCCACCUUACAACGUUGUAGAUGUCUCGGUGUUGGAAAUCCUCCAGAAACCAUCAUGCGCCGAGAACUCCAGUAGUGGGUUGCCAGAUGCUGUGCUGCUGUCCUCUCUGUGUUGUUUCAAACCCAUCGGGUAGUGACAUGUCCACACGGUUGCUCAACCCGCGCACGAUGCCUCUCAAACAGCCCGGACAUCGACGGAACACUUGACAGGUACAAGAUUGACAUACCUCAGGCUGUUCAUAUUGGGGUGCUCCUAUCUUCUCUCAUUCAUCAAGCAGUCUUCAGACCGGACGCAUGGAGAUGUGUGCAAAAGAUGCCUCGAUACAACACACCUGUCGCAAGCAAUUGCGAUAGAAUGCGCACCAAUUGGUGGGAUCGAAGUGAAAACACCUACAAUGUUGUAUAGUACCGUCGCUUACCGCUGACCGAUCCACAUUCUUGCUGGAUUUCCAGACGCGGAUGUUCCCUGGAGACGGUCAGGGUCGACGCCGGAGGAUCUCUCAGCAAUGAUAAGUCAGUUGCAACCAAUAGAAGCGUUGCAGCAUGCCUGGUGAGGGUAUGGCGCUGUUGUGGGCGCAGACCUCCUGUUGGAACAGUGGAGUGGCCUGCAUUCCGAAGAUCUCGAUUCCAGAACAACACAUCUCGCCAUGUAUCACGACAAAUCGACGGCAUCACAAGACAUCAGGUCUCUCCAUGCCAUAUCAGUUGUUAGAUGUUGUGCUCAAUGGUACAUACAACGUUGUAGUACCUGACUGCGAAUCAGUCAACCGACAGGGUCAAGAUCCCUUGGGUAUAUCAGGGUACUUUUCUUUUCCUGGGAAUAGAUCGAACCAUGACCAUCCUGACUUGAGAGAUGUGCUAUACAAUGUAUAGGAGGGGUCGAAGAAUACAUAGUAGCACACAUGUCACCUCUGAUAACACACUUGCGCACACUUUGGUUUGGCCAGUCAUCCACCUCUGCAGUGACCGUGCUGACAACAGCGUGACUCUCGGCUCUUGCUCGGACAUCGCGAGCUCUGAUCACUAGGGGUCACUAUUACAGGGACUCGAUCGCUUGAUCUUGAAUCAAUUAAUAACGAUGAAUGUUACAGAGACCC